CCUCCAGUCUACUGUCCCGAGAGUGGAGUUUGCGCAAUGUUAUCAGCUCCGCCAUUGACGGAGUCGCUGGAGAAAAUUGCACAUAGCCUGUCGCGUUUGUUCUUAGUAAGUAUUCGACGUCUAGAUCAUGUAUUCUCACAACUGAAUUUAGUGUCGUUAAUACAUACGGUUGUUUACAUCUACAUGAUUGGAUUUGCAUAAACUGUACGGCAGAAGUUGUCAAGCCUCCUGCAUCGUUAGCUAGCUUACGCACACCUAGCCAGCAGCGAGCGUGUCGUGCACGGCUGCGUCGCCCGUGUGCUCCACUCCAUGGAUCCAAGAAUCGCCUGGUUCCAGCCAGAACAGCUCGGCCCUGCCAAUAGCGCGUGGAUGAAUAUUUGGGAAACGACACAAGGUCUGGGCAAUUUGAGUUUGAGUAAUCAUAACAACCACGGCUCUGCUGUGUGGAACACGCCCACCACCAAGACGAGCCCUAGUACAACGGUAUCCGUGAACUGGGGCACGGGCAACGUGAUUCAGAACGGAGUCCCCGACGCUGUCACGAGCAGCAGUGAGACGAGGAUGCAAGGGACGAUCAAUCCAAAAGGCGAUAAUGAAAUAGAACAUAAAUUCGACCUAUUGGAAGCAAAUAUCAACCAGCAUCCUGCGGGGAGGGGUAGUAGUGGACCUUGGGUAGUGGGUGGCACUGCGUUCGGUAGCCUCAGAGAAAGAGAAUGUGGACUUGGGAACAGACGGAGAAGAGACAACCGAGCGAGCACUUUCGGAUUUAACCGCAGUUUAUUGAGUAUUGGCAGUAACUCUGCAGUGGACGACGCUGGGUGCCAUGGAGUUGGUUACACAGGCACGCCUUGGAAAACCAGGAACUACUCUGCAGGGAUUUUGGGGCUCCAUGAGGAGAUCCAGGAUUUCUAUGCCUACAUGUCUCCACGGCCGGAGGAGGAGAGGAUGAGGAGGGAGGUGGUGGAGAGGAUAGAGCGGGUUAUUAAGGACCUUUGGCCCACUGCUGACGUUCAGGUAUUUGGGAGUUUCAGCACAGGUCUCUAUCUACCUACCAGUGACAUUGACCUGGUGGUGUUUGGGAAGUUCAGGGAAGGAGACAGCCUCCCACUGUGGAGGUUAGAGGAGGCCCUGAGGAAACACAAAGUGGUGGAGGAGAAUUCUGUCAAAGUGCUGGACAAGGCCACGGUGCCAAUCAUCAAACUGACAGACUCUCUCACGGAGGUCAAAGUUGACAUCAGUUUCAACAUGAAGAAUGCUGUCAAAGCUGCUGCCCUCAUUAAAGAUUAUAAAAAGAAAUAUCCUGUGCUUCCAUACCUGGUGCUAGUCCUGAAACAGUUCUUAUUACAAAGAGACAUGAAUGAAGUGUUUACAGGAGGAAUCAGCUCCUACUGCCUCUUCCUCAUCGCUGUCAGCUUCUUACAGCUCCAUAGCAGAGAGGACGCCUGCAGUCCCAACGCCAACACUGGCGUCCUGCUCAUAGAGUUCUUUGAGCUGUACGGCCGCCAUUUUAACUACCUGAAGACGGGGAUCCGGAUCAAAGACGGGGGGUGCUACCUCUCCAAAGACGAGGUCCAGAAGAGCAUGCUGGAUGGAUACAGGCCAUCCCUGCUCUACAUCGAGGAUCCACUGCAGCCAGGUAAUGAUGUGGGCCGUAGCUCGUACGGGGCCAUGCAGGUGAAGCAGGUGUUUGACUAUGCCUACAUGGUGCUGAGCCACGCUGUGUCGCCCAUCGCCAAGUACUACCCCAACAACCACAGCGAGAGUAUACUGGGCAGAAUAAUCCGGGUGACUCAGGAAGUGGCAGAAUACAGGGACUGGAUCACCAUGAAGUGGGCUGAUCUAUCACUGAACUCCCUGACCUUAAACGGAAAUGAUGUCACGUUGCUGGUGGAGCCUCAGCAGGAGUACGAAUGCAACAACAAUCUCUCUGAGGAAGGGGCGGAAUCACCAAGCUCCUCCUCUCCUCCUCCUUCCUCUCCAUCCUCCUCUUCAUCAUCCUCCUCGCCGCAGUCUUCAUCAGCUAGCUCCAGCGACGCUGAUUCGGACGGAAGCCCCUGUAAAACGGUGUUGCCGCGUGGCAGGCGGGGCUUAUCCGCACACAGAGCUGCUCCCCUAGGAUUGACCAAUCACAGGGCUACAAGUUCCUCUUCCGGAAGCCAUGUGAGCCACUCGAACAAGAGCAAGGUGGACAGAGAAAGUUUGACGUCUCGUCAGAACAGCCAUGCCAACACACAGCCAAGCACAGAAACAGGACAGUCGUCAUGCAGGAACCACCAAGGCAGCAGGCGGAGCUGUACGGGCAGGAGGAAGAAGCCUCAGCACCAACGCAAACCUGCGCCUGCGGUGGAGGACCUCUGUAGAUAGGAUGCGCCAUGUCACAGAACUCAACUCCACUCUCUGCCGCCGAAACAAAGGCCAUCGUGUUACUCUUACCAGGGCUUUUGGUCGUGAUAUUUUUAAAGCCAAGUUGGAAGGAGAUUUCUCCUUUUUCUGUUAGUUGAAUGGGCAGAUUGACGCUAUCCUCGUCUUGAGGGCAUAGUCUUUCUGUAAUUUGAACACACUGCCCAUUGGAGGAAGGUUGUCGAGCCUGAACAGUUGUUCCUGUACUUUAUGAAGUGGCAAUACACCCUGGUGCAUUGGUUGGGUCUAUACUGGCAGUUAAACUUUACAGCAUAAAUGACAAGGGAAAAUGUAUGGUAUAAAACUAUGGAUAUUAUUGCUAUAUUGGGCAAAAUGCUUGCACUGACAACACGAGUUGUUGAAAAUGUACGUAUUUCAGCAACUCAUCUACAUUUGCAAUGGAAAAAGUAGAGCAAAAUGUUAUUUAAAAAGGCGAAAUGGAGGUUAGAGUGAGACAGAAAAAAAAAAACAAUGGAUAGGGAUUGUAUAUUUUUCACCAGCUGAAUUAAAAUGAAUAUCGAUUUGCCAUCUCUCCUGGACUGGUCCAAGUGUGGGUUCUAAGUGCCAACUCCAACCAUCAGCAAAAUAGAUUACUACAGUACCAUGUAUGAGAGCACAAGAUCACGAAAGGAUCAGGCCAAGGGAUCAGCCCAAAUGGACCAGUUUCCGUGCAUAAAGGGGAUGAUUUUUGUAAUGAUCUGUUCAAUGGCUAUUUCACAAUACUGUUUAAUCACCGUAAUAUCUUACAGUCUAAUGUACCUACUGGUAGAAUACAAAAUGCCACAAUAUCUGCAAUUUGCAAACUUCCUGUACAUGAAAACAUCAGUACUCCACUAUUUUGCCUAUUUACAAAAUGAUUUGUAUUUGUUUAUGUAUUUAUUUUUUUAGUAUAUUUAUAUGAAUCUAUAAAUGUUACGCCCUGUGGAUGGAAAGGUUAGGAAUAGCCUGUAUGCGUGUGUAAGAGAGGGUUCAGAUGCACAUUUUGUGCCGACUAUCUCAGACGCCUCGGUUCUAAAAGUCUUACACCCCAGAAUGGUUUUGGAAAUGGUGUCUAACACUUUGCUUUUACGUAUCCGGUGCUUUCAGGCCACUGAUUGAAAGUCAUUGGCUUUGUUCAAUUUCUGUCUCUAGCCCUUUUCUCUAGCUCUUACUUCUUCCUUGUCUGGCUUUUAUACAAAAGGAUUGGACUGGAUGUCAACAAUAUGGUGAUAGUUCCUCCGAGCCUUUAACGAGGGUGAGUUCCUCCAAGCCUUUACCGAGGGUGAGUGCAGCUUCUUCCCAAGUCACUUUCACCCAUCUAAUCCUUUCAGAUCCGCCUAAAGAAUAUAGGCCCAACUUUGACAGUGCAAAUAAAUUGUGCUACUGUUAAUUGAGAACAUUAUACACCUUACACACUGCAUUCAUUUUAAAAGUUAGAUAAAGUUUCAACAAGAGCACUACUUUUGACGUUAUCAGAAUGGCAGGUUGACGUUUAUUGGGACGAAUCUCGUCUUGGAAGCAGAGCGAUUUCUGAUAAGGUUAGCAGUGUGGUUGGGGGUUAGGGUUCAAAUCAGAUGUUGACUGUGGCUGUGCCAGCUAGUGACUAGCCUGCAGUGGCCUCCAGUACAUGAGUCAUCCCAAUGAAUUCCAGCAUCAAAAUGUCACUAAGGGUUGGGCCACUGUUAGUCCUAGCAUUUUCUUCUUUUUUUUUUCAAAAAUUGGUCCUCACAAAACAUUUUGUGUGCAGUCUAGACAUUUGUUCCAACCUUCAAGAUAGCUCAUUGUUUUACAAGUGAUAAUAUAUUGUAAAAUAAAUGCAUAUUUCCCAUUGCCUGUUCUUUAUUAUAUGUGAUUAGAAUAUAACAAAAUUCAUUGAUUAAGGAAUGUUUUUUUUCUUCCUGUUUUGUCUUUCACGGCAAAUGUGUUCAUGUGUUCACUGCCCAAUCAUUUCAACAUUGAAUUGGUUUUUCAAGCAGACGAGCCACCAUCAAACAUCCUAGAAGUCAACAAGAUGAUUGUUUACAUUCAGUAUGCCAUUGUCAAUUCAAUACCAGUCAACAUUUCUCUCCGCGUUCCAACCAUGAAUGAAUUUGAAGAUGGGAAAAGGGUUUUAUUGCUGUGAACAGUAAAGCUGUUUUGUUGAAUGGUAAUUUUCCUUAUCUUUUCUUAGCGUUGUCUACAGCAAGUGUACAAUCCCUGCAUUGAAGUUGUAUUUUCAUAUGAUUGAUAUUAUUUAGCUAAUUAUAUUUUUGUGGAAGAUGAAUAGAUAUAAAUGUCAAGAACCCUGAGGGUAAAAGUGGCAAGUGGGAAAAUGUAAGUCUCUCAUUAUUAAAAUAAACUUUUGAAAGAA